UUGCAGUUUAGCAAUGACCAAAGCAGAUGAUGUGGAUCAUUUGUUUGAAGUACGCAAUAAUUUUUUCCUCGGUGCAUACCAAAAUUGCAUUAAUGAAGCACAAAAUUUACGAAUAAAAGAGGAAAGUGAUAAGCUGUUAAAGGAUGUUUACAUGUACAGAGCAUAUAUCGCACAAAAUAAGUCGAAUUUAGUGCUAACUGAAAUAGAAAAACGUUCAACCUCACCUGCUUUAAGAGCAGUUCGACGUUUCGCAGACUAUGUAGCCAAUCCAGAUAAAAGAACAGCAAUAAUGAAAGAAUUUGAAACGGAACUUAACGAAGAGAUUCCUCACGACGAUACUGUUUUAUUAUUGGCAGCUCAUAUGUACAUUCAUGAACAGAAUGUGGAAGAAGCAUUACGUUUGCUGCAUCAGUGUGAUUCUUUGGAAAGUAAAGCAUUGACUGUACAGUGUUUACUAAAGAUCGAUCGAGUUGAUUUGGCUGUGAAGGAGAUCAAAAAGAUGCAAGAAAUAGAUGAAGAUGCUACUAUAACUCAGCUUGCGCUUGCCUGGGUCAAUAUCGCGCUUGGGAAAGAUAAACUGAAAGAUGUAUUUUAUGCUUAUCAAGAGAUGAUAGAUAAAUAUGGUGCAACACCGCUUUUACUAGUUGCUCAGUCAUCGAGCCUAAUUCAACAACAAAAAUACCAGGAAGCAGAAAAACUACUUCUAGAAGCACUGCAAAGAGAUGCCAACAAUGCAGAAGCAAUCAUAAACUUGGUUGUUGUUAGCCAAUAUCUCGGAAAAGCACCAGAAGUGACCAGUCGCUAUAUCAAUCAGUUAAAGGAAGGCUUUCCAAAUCAUCAAUGGACUUUGGAUUACAUUGCUCGUGAAAAAGCUUUUGAACGAGUUGCAUCGGAAGCGGGAGUUUAAAUUGAUCGUACUCAUUUCUUUUUUCUGUGAUCAUUGUUAAUAAUUUAUUCCCAAAUUUACAAGAUAAAUCUCUUAAAAUCAAUUGUUGUACGAACGCUUCAUCCGGGUGGCCGAAAAUAUCUUCGACGGUGACGCUGCAAUCAGUGCAUCACGUUCAACCUUUCAUUCACUGGGGAGUGUUUCUCUCUCCAGUUCAGUUUAGCCUAUUUCCAUUAG